UAGUCUUCAGAUUUUGUUUCCAUAAUUGUGAUCGGGAAGAUGUUUUCAAUUUUGCGUUCUUAUUUUCAUUGAUUACCUCUUCAAUUGCUGUGAAAAUUUGCUUCGAUGGAAUCUGUAGCAAAUAACGAAGGUAUGUACAUUCCUGUUUGUGAUGAUGCUUUGAAGCCAAUGAUUGGUAUGAAAUUCAAUACAUUAGUAGAAGCAGUUGGUUUCUAUGAACAUUAUGCUCGUUCAGUUGGUUUUGGCAUUCGUAAAAUGGGUAACAAAUCAGUUCAAGGUAUUACUAAGUGGCAGUAUUUGGCUUGCAACAGACAAGGCUCUAAGAAUUUUAUACCUGGUCAUGCAUCCCAAUCAACUGAAGUGUCUUUUAAGAAGCGUAGGUGUCGGUCAUUUAGGUGUGAAUGUCUUGCUAAGCUCAAUUUGAGAUAUUAUUCAGAUGGCAAGAGCAGAGGAUAUGAGGUUUAUCAGUUUGUUGAGUAUCAUAAUCACUUAAUGGUUGCGGAUGAGCAUAGGCAUUUUAUGAUGGCCAAUCGCAAUCUGGAUCCUAUUCAUCGGAGGUUUAUGGAGGAUUGUGGCAGGUGUAAUAUUGGUCCCACUCUCACAUUCAAACUUUUGAAGGAGAUAAUGGGUGGACCUGAAAAUGUUGGAUGUGAUAUUAUUGAUAUUAGAAAUGGUUAUCGUGAUAUUAUGUCCAAUAUUGAUGGUUCAGAUGCUCAAAUGAUUUUUGAUUAUAUGCGUUCUCAAAAGGAAUCAUCUGAUGCCUUCUAUUAUGAAAUUGAGAUAGGAUCUCAUGGAAAGUUAACUAGACUCUUUUGGGCUGAUGCUAUUUCAAGACGAAAUUAUCAUAUGUUUGGAGAUGUAAUUUCAUUUGAUUCAACAUACAACACUAACAGGUAUAUUACUUUUGUUGCUAAUAGACAUAAAAUGAUACUUUUUAUUGCUUGA